ACCCCAGACAUACACUUUUACUCUGCGAUAUGAAUCGAGGCAACUUUCUGCGAAUACGACGGAGUCUUUGAAAACAUAGAAUCUGAUAUUGCAAAUGAAAUCCUCAGGUAGAGCCUGUGGGACAUGCAAAGAUCGCCGCAUCUCAUGUGAUCGGGGUUUCCCAAUCUGCUUGCAAUGCAUACGUUCAAACCGCAAAUGUCAAGGAUACGAAAUCCGCCUAUCCUGGCCAAGAAGGAAUGACCGUAAACGAUCUAUACUCGGCAAAACAUUAACCGGGACCGGAAAGAUCAAUAGUGGCUUGUACUCCCCAGUUCGAAUUGUGAAUACGUCGACUUCGGAUAUCGAAUUAUACCAUUACUUAGCCAGCACAGGCUUCGGUCACUUGCCUUGCUUGCCUAUUGUCCCCAGAAGUAUAUCAUGGACCUCGAUAACGACAGAUACCGACUACAAUCUGCUUCAGUAUUUUACGUGUGUUGCUUCUUCAUCCCUAACAGCGAUGGGGCCAUGCGAGGGUUCUCCUGAACUUCGAGAUGUUCUCAUACGUGUAGCUUUAUCCCCAAGUACAUCAUCAUCCUCAGCAGUGUUACAUUCUCUCCUCGCGCUUUCUUCCCUCCACCGCCACGGCUUCCAGUCUCAUGCAGCUCGGAUGAAGUUAUCUGCAUUGUCUGAUCUCGCGACUUCGGCAAAGACUGGUGUCGAUAGUGAUACGGCGGUAUCCCAUAUAGCCGCUCUGAUGCUGUUGUGUUGUUUCGAGAUACAACACUCUUCGGAGACUUCGAACCUAUGGAUAGGUUAUAUUUCCAGUGUCAAGACCGUUUUAAAAGCGGCCAACAUCGACAAACUUCAUAAGACCGGCGACUUGGCUGCUCUGUUGUAUUGGGCGUCCUAUCAUGAUGUCUUAGCCCCAUUUAGCCUCCACUACUGGGGUCUCAGUUCCCGAGAGAAAAGACUCAUUUCUGGAGACCACGAUAUUCUGGUUCAAAAUAACAAUCUCUACUCUUUAUUUGAGGCUUUCAAUGAAACAUCAUACCAGUGCCACUCAAAUCUCAGGAAGUUAUCAGACGUGCUCACCAUGAUUCUGCAAGCGAAAAGUCGCCGAGCAGCUGGACUUAACCACAAAGACCUACUGGCUGUCCUGGAAUGGAAAAUCAGAAGUAUUAAUGUGCCAAUCGCAAACCCAAUGGAAGGUUUAGACCCCAGCGAAAUGGUCUCAGAAAAAUUGAUGACAGAGGAGCUAUUCAAACUUGCGCUGUUUAUCUUCGUUGAGCGUUCGCUAGGUGACUCUUCGACCAAAUCUGAAAAGUUGCGCUCGAGGACUCGAAGCGCCUUCCAUAUCUUCUCUAGGCUCGAGUCGUUGCACAGGCAGUUCCCCUUGCUAAUCAUCGCGAACGAAGCACGGACCGAUGAAGAUAGACUGAUAGUACUCGAUCUCAUUUCUAGGACAGAAGAGAAUCGAAGCUUGAGAUGUCUUCGAGGUAUGAAGGAAACAAUACAGUCUCUUUGGGCUCAGGACGAUCUUGCAGAGAAGGAACCUGGCUACACCGAGAAGAUCAGAGCUGUUCUUAGUUCUGGUGGGAUCAUGCCGUCCUUCAUCUAGGGAAAGUACAUUGUUCGAUGGUAUCAAUACUCCGCGGGCAGUGGCCCCUUUGAAGCGCCCCUCGCUUAAUGGGCGCAUGAAAUUGAAUCCGCAUUCAUAAGUCCAAUCUAUGACCAGACUUGGAGUGUGAUAUGUUCAUAAUUCAAUACAAUUUAACAAUUGAUACUUUGGAA